AUGAGAUGGUCAAGGCACCAUCCGACAAUGUCCACCUAUGCGGUCAACGUAAAAUGGGGUCGACAAAAGUUCGAAGACAUUGUGCUUGAUAUGAAGGAAAAGCCGCUGCUUUUCAAAGCACAGCUGUUUGCGUUGACUGGCGUUCAGCCCAGUCGCCAGAAGGUGCUUUUCAAGGGAAAAAUAUUGAACGACGAUUCGUGGGAGGGGUUCUGCGUCAAAGAGGGUGCGUUGUUUUUGCUCAUGGGCUCUGUCGAGGACGACCAGCCGGCUCAGGCGGUGCAGAAGCCGGUGUUUCUCGAAGAUCUGUCAGCCGACGAACGAGAAAAAGCCCUCGAUCUGCCCCUUGGCCUGCUGAAUUUAGGUAAUACAUGUUUCAUGAGCGCCACCAUUCAAUGCUUGAAGACGGUACCAGAGUUGGUCGAUGCCUUGAAUAAGUUUCGCUCGCGUGACAAAACGCCGACACCAACAGCCGUGCUGCGCGAACUUGGCAACUUGUUUCAGACGAUGGAGGAGCGAGACGGGAGCGAGGUUGCCACAAUCAUGAUGCUGGACACGCUGCUGGCGGCGCUGCCUCAUUUCGCCGCCAAGGACGGCCAGGGUCGCUUGCAACAGCAGGACGCCAACGAGCUAUGGAUGGAGCUGAUGCGUAUGUUCAAGGAACAUAUUUGUGGCGAGAAGUUUGGCCUGGUAACUGGCAAGUCUCUGAUCACCGCUUACUUCGGCUGCGUGAUGGACGUGACGCUGACCUGCAAGGAAGCGCCGCAGGAACCACCGGUGCACAGCACCGAGGAAUUCCUGCAGCUCAGUUGCUUUCUGUCCCAAGAGGUGAAGUAUCUGCAGACUGGACUGAAAGCAAAGCUGAGCGAGGAAAUCGUCAAAUAUUCGUCGACGUUGGACCGCGACGCGGUUUACAUUCGCAGAUAUACCAUUCGCCGUUUGCCGGCUUACCUGACCAUACAAAUGGUACGCUUCUUUUACAAAGAAAAGGAUCAGGUGAGCGCGAAAAUCUUGAAAGAAGUGAAAUUUCCGCUCGAGUUGGACGUGUUCGAUCUGUGCGGCGAAGAGCUGCAAAACAAGCUGAUGCCGGCUCGCCAGCGCAUCAAGCAAGCCGAAGAGGAAAUGUUGCAAAACGGGGAACAGAAGAACGACCAAAACCGACAGACUUACGUAAGCAGAGCUCAAGUAAUGUUCAGUUCUACAUGUUACUGUGAGAACAUGAAAGACGCCGACGACAUCGGAUCGAAUGACAGCGGGUUGUACGAACUGCAAGCCGUUCUGACGCACAAGGGUCGAAGCAGUAAUAGUGGUCAUUACGUUGCGUGGAUUCGCCAGCCGAACAACACGUGGUACAGCUGUGACGACGAUAAGGUACACCCGGUUCAGAAGGAGGAAAUCCUGAGGCUGUCCGGAGGCGGUGACUGGCACAGCGCUUACGUGCUGUUGUAUUCGUCGAAACGCUUUCCAAGCAAGCCCGAUGGCAACGCAGAGCUGAACGUACGCAAAGACUAG